GAAAACAAAUUGCUGGCAACUCGGUGACAGCUGUUUGACCACCCUACUUUUAUUUUCGUAAGAAUUAACUUCUCUUCGAGAAUAAAGCUUUUUGUUGAUUGUAUUUGUUUGUUCAUUGUGUAUUCUACACCGGACAUAAAAUUAUUUUCGGGGACAUAUUCGUGUGUGUUACACAGUAAUGUGCAGUGAAAUGUUUAACACUAUUAAUAGAUUGAGCCGUAGUUAGUUUGUUGUAUCGUCUGAUUGUGAUGGUUGAUCAGACAUAUUGACAAGUUAUUUAGCAGAGAUGGGUAGGAGAGAGGAGCCCGCUUGGGCGACUGGCACCGUGGGCAUGGUGGCAGCCAGGGAACGCGGGGACUUGGACAGAAAGUUUCAAACUAGGCUCACAGUGACCCGACCUAUGAUCGACAGAUUGGGUCUCGAGAAAGAGCUCCACGGGCAUAUGGGAUGCGUGAAUUGUCUGGAAUGGAACCACGAUGGAUCAAUAUUGGCGUCGGCGUCUGAUGAUCUCCACGUAAUGCUGUGGGAUCCCUUCCGGUAUAAAGAGCUCAUGAACAUAUCUACAGGACAUACUGGGAACAUAUUCUCUGUGAAGUUCCUAUCCCCUGACAUAAUAGCUACAUGCGCAGCUGACGGCACAGUCCGAGCGCGGAGCAUCCGCUCCAACUCGCCCCUACUGGAGUGUGUGUGUCACUGCGCGAGGGUCAAGAGGCUCGCAACCGCGCCCGACAACCCACAUCUACUAUGGUCUGCUGGAGAAGAUGGGCUUAUACUACAACACGACCUCCGCGUAGCCCACACGUGCAACCCAGACGCAGCCAACGUGCUAGUCAACCUACUGAACCACAUGGGCCGCUACGCCGAAGCCAAGUGCGUGGCGGUCAACCCGCGCCGCCCCUACCAGCUGGCGGUCGGCGCGAAUGACUUUUACGUACGGCUCUAUGAUACCAGGAUGAUCAAGCUGGCUAGGUUACAGCUGAACGGCCCCACGAGCCGCCAGAUGUGGGAGCGACAGAACUUGCGGUCGACGCGCGCGGGCCACGGCGACCCCGACAACAACAUCCCGCGCGCCGCCGUGCAUUACUUCGCGCCCGGUCACCUGUCAAUGGAGCCCAACGAGCACACGUUCCCUAAGAAGGCGACCACGUACGUCGCCUUCAGUCACGAUGGUAACGAACUGCUCGUCAACUUGGGGACUGAACAGAUAUACCUCUUCGACAUAAACUCAGCGCGACGGCCGGUUUUAGUAGAAAGCUUCGUGAUCCAGCACAACCACGGCAACCGGGAGGGAGAGAACAAGACUCCGCCUAAGAACGGGACCAACGGGACCGUGGACCCGCCGCAGCAGCUGCCCGACAGGGUGCGCCAGCUCAAAGAGAUGGUGAGAUACGUGGCGAACGACUUCGUGAACAAGGGCGACUACUCGACGGCGGUGGACUUCUACAACGACGCGCUGGCCGCCUGCCCCGACUGCGCCAUACUCUACUCCAACAGGGCCGCCGCGCUCAUGCGCAGGGGAUGGACUGGCGACACAUACGCCGCAAUAAAAGACUGUUACAAGGCCAUAAAGUUGGACUCGUCCCACGUGAAGUCUCACUUCCGCCUCGCCAAAGGCCUGAUGGACCUGAAGCGGGCUCGCGAGGCCCACGAGUGCCUGAUGUACUUCAAGGACAAGUUCCCGAGGCAUGCCACCAGCCACGCCGUGUUCCUGCUGCAGAAGGAUAUCAAUGUCGCCUUGGAGAGUAUGGAGACUACUCCUGAUGAAGCCCCCGGCGAGACAGAAGAGAACCAGACAACCAGCGUGUUGGAGCGACAACUGCGGACCGCCGCGCUGGACUACUCGCAGCGGUUCCUGGGACACUGCAACACUACUACAGACAUCAAGGAGGCCAACUUCUUAGGGCCUGAUGCUAGUUAUAUCGCUGCUGGUUCUGACGACGGCAGCCUGUUCAUCUGGUGCCGCAAGUCGGGCAACAUCGUGCGCUGCCUGCGCGGCGACGACUCCAUCCUGAACUGCGUGCAGCUGCACCCCAGCACCUGCCUGCUCGCCACCAGCGGCAUCGAGGCCGUCGUGCGCCUGUGGAGCCCGCGCCCCGAGGACGGUCACGAGGAGCCCCGCACAGUCCGCGACUGCGGGUCUGCGGCGCAGGCCAACCAGCAGCGCAUGCGCAGCGACCCCUUCGAGGCCAUGCUGCUCAACAUCAGCUUCGCGGGAGGGGCCGACCGCGACCUGCACUCGCCCGCCUGCAGGCCCACAUAGGUAACACCGAAUAAAUUGAUACUACAAUAUUUAUAGCCGUAUAGAAGCGCGGUCGAUAAAAGACACAUUGUAAUCAUCACUCAAGUCAUUGUAAAUAGUUACUAUUAUAUACAUUAUUAUAUAAUUAUUAAUACGC